AAAAUGAAAAAGUUGAAGAAGUAGUUAUUGCGGUUGAAAAAGUUCUAACUGAGGACGAAUACAAAGAAAAAGUUAAAGGUAUGCAGGGAAACAUUGAUUAUCCCUAUAUCUCUUAUGCUGUGGACCGGAAAGUGAAAAAGGAGACCGUGGCUUCGGAGCAAGCAGGCAGAAGUAAGCGAGGAGUAGUAAUGUUUGCGGAUAUCUGCGAAAAAUUACGAAGUAAAGAAAAAUUAGACCUGCCAAAGAAAAUUAGUUUGAGUAGUUUGGCAAAAAAAAUAGGACUAGAAAAACUUAACUCUGAAUACGGAGAAAAAUACAACUUUAUGAUUGUUAAAAAAGGAGAAAAUAAUUAUACUAUUUGGGAUACCUCUAAGUAUGAUGCUGGUUUUGGAGUUAAGAAAGAUGGAAAGGCAGAAAGAAUAAAAAAUAUUCAAUUGCUUUAUAAAAAGAGAAGCGGCGAUAAAAAAUGGUUGACUAAAAAUUACCGAUUGUCAGUAAGGCCGCGAGAAGUUUUUACUUUUGAGAAUUCUGAAAAAGUGGAUGGUGAAUUAACCAAGUUAAUUGGACUUCCUUUAAUUUACACCGGGACAACAAAUAAUAAUGUUUCCUCUAUAAACACAGUAGGCCUUGUUUAUGAUAAAAAAGAAAACUCCCAAACUAUUUAUCCGGAACACGGCAACAAAAUAAUCAAAAUCAGCAAUGCUAUUAAUAACAUUAACGAAUUAGGAGCAGGAGCAAAGUCAAUUAACAAAGUUGGGGCUUCUCUCAAACUAUUAAAAAUUAAUAUUUUAG